UCAAUUGCGUCAGCAAAAAAAAUCAAUAGGGUUUCAUACCAAGACUAAAGAUUCAUAUGAUGAAUAUGAAACUUACUUUAAAUAUCGUGAAAAAGAUUUUAAAUUGGUAGAAUAUUUGGCAAUUGGGAUGGAUUUACUUAAUAGUUCGCCUAUGGGGAUAUGUUUACUUUGCUGA